AUGUUCUAUUCCUCAGUCUUGGAUAGUCGUCAAGAACCUUUAUGGAAGCGACGAUACUUCCACCUUUGUUUUGUUUGUCUCUUGAAAUGUCCGAUCAAUUUUCUUUUUCUUUCACAUUUUAAAUUCUUUUUCUUUCGUAUUUUUCUUCCAUCAUUGAUUCUUUCCUCUCUUUUUUUCCUUACUUGCUUCUUCUUUGACUUGGUUAAUAAACUUAUUCCUCCCCGUCUUUCUUUUUAUCGUCUCCUUUUCUUCACCCUCCCAUUCAUUCCUUCUUCCUUUUCUUAUUACUGUGCUUCCUUCUUUCUUUCUUUUUUGUUUUCCUUCCUAUUUUCCCCUUUUCCCUUCCUUCCUUCGUUUGAUGUGCCAAUCCCCCGCACGAACAUGACACAUUAUCUCUUAUCUCUCCGUCUCUAUCUUUUCUCUCUCGGUCUCUCUCUCUCUCUCUCUCUAUGUUCUCUUUUAUCUCUUAUCUCUCUCUUCUCUCUCUUCUCUCUCUUCUCUCUCUCUCCGUCUCUAUCUCUCUCUCUCUCUGUCUCUCGCUUAUCAUUUUAUCAUUUCUCUCUCCGCUUAUCUCUUUAUCACAUUUCUCUCUGUCUCUCUCUCUCUUAUCUCACACAGUCUCUCCCUCUCUCAUCUCUCUCUGCCUCUCUGUUAUCCUUGUCUGUCGGUCUCUCUCUCUCCCCCUCUCUCUCUCUUAUCUUUUAUCUCGUACCUCUCUUUGUCUUUCUCUCUCCUCUCUUUCCGUAUCUAUCUUCUCUCCCCCUCUCUCUCUCUCUUAUCUCUUAUCUCUUACCUCUCUUUGUCUUUCUCUCUCCUCUCUCUCCGUCUCUAUCUUCUCUCCCCGCUCUCUCUCUGUUUCUCCCUUAUCUCUUCAUCACUUUUCUCUAUGUCUCUUUUCUCUCUCUCUGUCUCUCUCUUAUCUCUUAUGUCUCAUUGCCUUUCUCUCUCCUUUCUCUGUCUCUCAUAUCUCUUUCUGUCUCUCCCUUAUCUCACUUCUCUCUAUGUCUCUCUCUCUUACCUCUGUCUCUCUUAUCUCUUUAUCUCUUGUCUCUCUCCGCCUCUCUCUUCUCUCUCUCCGUUUCUCUCUCUCUCUUUGUGUAUGUGUUUCCCCUUAUCUCUUUAUCACUUCUCUCUCUAUGUCUUAUUUCUGAUCUCUCUCUGGCAGUCUCUUUUUUCUCUUAUCUCUCUCCGUCUCUCUCUCUCUCCGUCUCUAUCUCUCUCUCUGUCUCUGUCUCUCGCUUAUCAUUUUAUCAUUUCUCUCUCCCCUUAUCUCUUUAUCAAUUUUAUCUCUGUCUCUCUCUCUCUUAUCUCUCACAGUCUCUCCCUCUCUCAUCUCUUAUCUCUCUCUGCCUCUCUGUUAUGCUUGUCUGUCGGUCUCUCUCUCUCUCUCUUAUCUCUUAUCUCUUACCUAUCUUUGUCUUUCUCUCUCCUCUCUCUCAGUCUCUAUCUUCUCUCCCCCUCUCUCUCUCUUAUCUCUUAUCUCUUACCUCUCUUUGUCUUUCUCUCUCCUCUUUUUCCGUCUCUAUCUUCUCUCCCUCCCCUCUCUCUCUUACCUCUUAUCCUUACCUCUCUUUGUCUUUCUCUUCUCUCUCUCCGUCUCUAUCUUCUCUCCCCCUCUCCCUCUCUCUUAUCUCUUAUCUCUUACCUCCCUUUGUCUUUCUCUCUCUCUCUUUCCGUCUCUAUCUUCUCUCCCCCUCUCUCUCUCUUAUCUCUUAUCUCUUACCUCCUUUUGUCUUUCUCUCUCCUCUCUUUCCGCCUAUAUCUUCUCUCCCCCUCUCUCUCUCUCUUAUCUUUUAUCUCGUACCUCUCUUUGUCUUUCUCUCUCUCUCUCUCCGUCUCUACCUUCUUUCCCCCUCUCUCUCUUAUCUCUUAUCUCUCUCUAUCUCUUUGUCUUUCUCUCUCCUCUCUUUCCGUCUCUAUGUUCUCUCCCCCUCUCUCCCUCUUAUCUCUUACCUCUCUUUGUCUUUCUCUCCUCUCUCUCCUCCGUCUCUAGCUUCUUUCCCCCCUCUCUCUCUUAUCUCUUAUCUCUUACCUCUCUUUGUCUUUCUCUCUCCUCUCUUUCCGUCUCUAUGUUCUCUCCCCCUCUCCCUCUUAUCUCUUACCUCUCUUUGUCUUUCUCUCUCUCUUUUCCGUCUCUAUCUUCUCUCCCCCCUCUCUCUCUUAUCUCUUACCUCUCUUUGUCUUUCUCUCUCCUCUCUUUCCGUAUCUAUCUUCUCCCCCCCUCUCUCUCUUAUCUCUUAUCUCUUACCUCUCUUUGUCUUUCUCUCUCCUCUCUUUCCGUAUCUAUCUUCUCUCCCCCCUCUCUCUCUCUUAUCUCUUAUCUCUUACCUCUCUUUGUCUUUCUCUCUCCUCUCUCUCCGUCUCUAUCUUCUCUCCCCCCUCUCUCUCUGUUUCUCCCUUAUCUCUUCAUCACUUUUCUCUAUGUCUGUUUUCUCUCUCUGUCUCUCUCUCUUAUCUCUUAUGUCUCAUUGCCUUUCUCUCCCCUUUCUCUGUCUCUCAUAUCUCUUUCUGUCUAUCCCUUAUCUCACUUCUCUCUAUGUCUCUCUCUCUCCUACCUCUGUCUCUCUUAUCUCUUUAUCUCUUGUCUCUCUCCGUCUUACUCUUCUCUCUCUCUGUCUGUCUCUCUCUCUUUGUGUAUGUGUCUCUCCUUAUCUCUUUAUCACUUCUCUCUGUAUGUCUUAUAUCUUAUCUCUCUCUCUGGCAGUCUCUUUUAUCUCUUAUCUCUCCGUCUCUAUCUUCUCUGUCUCUAUCUCUCUUCUCCCUCCGUCUCUCUCUGUCCCUCUCUCUCUCUAUUUGUGUAUAUGUCUCUCCUUAUCUCUUUAUCACUACUCACUCUAUGUCUUAUAUCUUAUCUCUCUCUCUCUGUCUCUAUCUCUCUUCUCCCUCCGUCUCUCUCUCCAUCUCUCUCUCUCUCUAUCUCCGUCUUUCUCUCUCUCUCUGUAUGUGUCUCCCCUUAGCUCUUCAUCAUUUCUCUCUCUAUGUCUUAUAUCUAACUCUCUCUCUCUCUGGCAAUCUCUUUUAUUUCUUCUCUCUCUCUGUCUCUAUCUUCUCUCUGUCUCUGUCUUUCUUCUCUCUCCGUCUCUCUCUCUCCCCGUCUCUCUCUCCGUCUCUCUCUCUCUUUGUGUAUGUGUCUCCCCUUAUCUCUUUAUUACUUCUCUCUCUAUGUCUUAUAUAUUAUCUCUCUCUCUCUGGCAGUCUCUUUUAUCUCUCCGUCUCUCUCUCUCCGUCUCUUUCUCCCUCUCUCCCUCCCUCUCUCUUUGUUCUCUAUCUUCUCUGUCUCUAUCUCUCUUCUCCCUCCGUCUCUCUCUGUCCCUCUCUCUCUCUAUUUGUGUAUAUGUCUCUCCUUAUCUCUUUAUCACUAGUCACUCUAUGUCAUAUCUUAUCACUCUCUCUCUCUGUCUCUAUCUCUCUUCUCCCUCCGUCUCUCUCUCCAUCUCUCUCUCUCUCUCUCCGUCUUUCUCUCUCUCUCUGUAUGUGUCUCCCCUUAGCUCUUCAUCACUUCUCUCUCUAUGUCUUAUAUCUAACUCUCUCUCUCUCUGGCAGUCUCUUUUAUCUCUUCUCUCUCUCUGUCUCUAUCUUCUCUCUCUCUCUGUCUCUGUCUUUCUUCUCUCUCCGUCUCUCUCUCUCCCCGUCUCUCUCUCCGUCUCUCUCUCUCUCUUUGUGUAUGUGUCUCCCCUUAUCUCUUUAUCACUUCUCUCUCUAUGUCUUAUAUCUUAUCUCUCUCUCUCUGGCAGUCUCUUUUAUCCCUUAUCUCUCUCCGUCUCUCUCUCUCUUCGUCUCUCUCUCCCUCUCUCUCUCUCUCUCUCUCCCUCUCUCUUUGUGUAUGUGUCUCCCCUUAUCUCUUUAUCACUUCUUUCUGUAUGUCUUAUAUCUUAUCUCUCUCUCUCUCUCUCACUGGCAGUCUCUUUUAUCUCUUAUCUCUCUCCGUCUCUAUCUUCUCUCUCUCUGUCUCUAUCUCUCUUCUCUCUCCGUCUCUCUCUCUGUCUCUCUCUCUCUGCCACUUUUCGAACGCAUAAACAGCUGAUCUCAAACACCAUGCAUGACCUGUUCCAUAACAAACGGCCUGAGUCGGUCCAAUCUAAUCGCAGAAGGAGAGACAAAUGUGUUUGUGGCGUGUCCACAGAAGCACGCUAG